AUGUCGAAGAAGAUGGUGUUUCCGACCAAGAAGGAAUUGGCGGAGGCUAUGGCCACGUACACUGCCACUCUCUCCGCCAAGUUCUGCAAGGAGAGAGGCUGUUUCACCGUCGUUCUCUCCGGUGGUGACCUCAUCUCUUGGCUCAGUAAAUUGUUGGAACCAAAGUACCACGAAAGCAUUGAAUGGUCAAAGUGGCACAUUUUCUGGGUGGACGAUAGGGUUGUUCCAUGGGACCAUAAGGACAGUAAUUACAAACUCGCUAUGGAUGGGUUUCUUUCUAAGGUUCCAAUUCCAACUGGAAACAUCUAUGCCAUCGACCAAUCCUGUGCGGGCAUUGGUGAUGCCAAGGGAGCAGCAUUGCUCUACGAGGAGUGCAUCAAAAGGCUGGUGAACCAAAACAUCAUCCGCGCAUACAAAUCCUCAGGAUUCCCACAGUUCGAUCUCCAGCUCCUAGGAAUGGGUCCAGAUGGUCACAUGGCAUCUUUGUUCCCGGGACAUUACCACAUCAAUGAGAAGGCAAGUUUGGUAACUUAUAUCACCGACUCCCCAAAACUGCCUCCAAAGAGAAUCACCUUCACUUUACCGGUCAUUAACUGUGCUUCCUACAACCUCAUGGCCGUGUGUGAUGAGGCUCAGGCCGAUGCGGUCGCAGAGGUUUUCAACGACAACUACAACUUGCCCGCAACUUGGCUCACAGCCGCAGAAGAAGCCAUAUGUCGGUUUAGGCGGCUGAGAAAUGGAACCGUAAAUCUCACUUGUUCUUCCUCUUCUUCCGCGUCUCGUUUUGAGUCGUUAUCGGUUUCGUCGAUUGGAAGUGGAUCUAUCAGGAGACUCGCUGAUAGUCGGAGAAAGGUGCCGGCGGUGAGGAGCAUGGCUACGACGGCGGCGGAAAUUGGAAAGGAUGAGAAGAAGAGGGUGGAGAUUUUCGAGCUCGAGGAGAAUUUGGCGAUUGAUUUGGCCAAAUUCACAGCCGAUCUCUCCGACAAGUUUUGCAAGGAGAGAGGCGCUUUCACCGUCGUUGUCUCUGGCGGCUCCUUGAUCAAAUCUCUCCGGAAAUUAGUAGAACCCCCUUACGUUGAUUCAAUCGAUUGGUCAAGGUGGCAUUUUUUCUGGGUCGACGAGAGGGUUGUUCCCAAGAACCACGACGACAGCAACUACAAACUUGCAUAUGAUUGUUUCCUUUCCAAGGUUCCGAUUCCUCCUGGAAACGUAUAUGCAAUCAACGAGUCCCUCUCCGCAGAGGCAGCAGCGGAUGAUUAUGAGACAUGCCUCAAACAUUUGGUGAAGACCGGUACCCUCCGGGUAUCUGAAUCAACCGGCUUCCCCAAAUUCGAUCUCAUGCUUCUCGGUAUGGGCCCUGAUGGCCACGUGGCAUCGCUGUUCCCGGGACAUGGUCUCUGCAACGAGAGCAAGAAAUGGGUAACUUUUAUCACCGACUCUCCUAAACCGCCGUCUGACCGAAUCACCUUCACUUUCCCGGUUAUCAACUCCUCUGCGCAUGUAGCUCUGGUCGUCUGCGGUUCCGGGAAAGCCGAAGCCGUGCAGGCAGCUCUGAAGAAGACCGGGAGUGUGCCUGCGGGUUCUGUUAGUGCUGAAGACGAGCUGGUUUGGUUUCUUGAUAAACCAGCCAGUUCCAAGCUCUAA